AUUCUAAUCUCUCUCCUAACCUUCCUUGCUCCCAAUCUAUACAUACACUUUAUAUACACGCGUUAUCCUACUCAUUAAUGUCUGGAUGAGCUUCGAUCGGAGCUGAAAUCUGGAAUUUAUGUUACAGACGUUUCGUGAUUUUGCAGAAUAACGUCAAAGGAGGGUCUUUAUUAGUGUGGUGAAAUGCUGGCGAAGGUGGAAAAUGCGGCUAUUGGCGGUGGUGAAGAAGUGGUCGCUGCCGCAGCGGCGGUGGUUGCGGCGUCGAAUCAUCAGCCGCAUAGGAGAAGAUGCUUCAACAAACCUUCCUGGCUUCUAUGCACCAUUGCUGAUUUGGACGAGAGGAUGAACAUUCUUACAAAGAAAGUGUCUAAAGAGAACACUUCCGACAGCUUUGCAGCAAGGGCGAACUCGUACUACCACGAGCGCCCUCAGCUGCUCGCCCUGCUCCACGACCUCUACAACGGCUACCUCUCAUUGGCAGACCGUUACUGCCAAGCCCUUUCCAAGAACCAAAACCGUUAUAAUCAUAACGGGAGCCGUUGCGCUUCUCCUUCCCCUGUCGUCGACGAGAUCAACGAUGGGGACAUUGGAGAAGUCGUCGAUUCUGACAACGAGAGUUCGCUCUCGUUCCAAAUUCCCGUUACACAGCCUUUAGAGAUCGAUGCUGACAUGGUCAUCGCAGAGAUGGUGAUGAAAAAUGUGGAGUACGAUGUUGUUGUUAAUGAACUUUCUGUUGUGGAGAAGGCCUGUGUCGAGUCAUCGAGGAAAAUGGAGCUGCAGAAGAACUUAUUAGAUGUUCUCGAGUCCGAGAGGCUGAUACUUCUGAACGACAACGCCACGUUGGGCUACAGAGUGGCGGCGUUGGCGGAGGAGAAUCAAGGGUUGGGGUCGGAGUCGUUGUUUUUGAAGAGGAAGGUCGCUGAGCUGGCGAGGUGCGUUUUGAAGACGAGGGAGGAUCAUAGAGUGUGCGUUUUGAGCCGGAAGAUAGAGGAUCUUCAGGGGCAGAUACAUUCGUUGGAGAAGAGAAAUAAGGAGUAUCAUGAGAGAUUGACGAGGCAUGAGGAUAGGAAGAAAUCGGGCGAGAAAUGGUCGGGGAAGAGUGUGAAGGGCGGGGAGGAGGUGAACUUGGAGGAGUGUUUUAGGGUGCGCGACGGGGUCGGGUUGUCGAAAUGCUUUAGCUUUAAUAAGCGCAGCAGUGGUAGCCUUCGCGAGAAAGCGCGCCCAAAUGUCGAUGAAGGUCGAAAAGAUUCGUCUUCUUCUUCUUCUUCGUCGUCUUCUUUUAGGUUGUGGGAUAAGGUGAGGAAGUUCGAUAUAUUUCCCUGUGGACCUUACUUGGGGGCUAUGGUUUAGCUGAGUAUAUUUAGGGAAAGUAACAUAUAUAUAUAUAUAUAUAUAUAUAAUUUGGCUGUAUGAAAUGGUUUAAAAUAGGGUGUGCUACUAAAUAUUGUGAUGGUGGCAUAUGGUAGCACUGGCUUGAAGCCUUGAACUAGAAUCACUAUUGUUAUAAUGACAAUUUGCAGCUAUGGAAUGAUGGGGAUGAUUAAUGUGGUAAUGGGGAAAAUCAAUUU